AACAAAACUUUGUUCAGUCUCCAAAUUCAAUCUUCUUCACUUUCUUCAAGAUUACGCAUCUUUCACUUCUGUCAAAAACGAUGAAGAAAACGGGAAUGACUUGCAGAUGGAUAGCUUCGGAUUCAGUUUUCAACAAAUUAUCGAUCAAAUUCAACGUUCUCGUUGUUGCAACGCUGAUUCUGCUGAGGAUGACAUGGAGAGAAUUUAUCGAUUUCGAAAACUUUGAGAUAUCGAAAGUAACUUCUCGUGAGGCGAUGGGGCUUUUGACUCUGAUGAUGGCUUCUUUUUACUACUCGGGAAGUUUUCGAUGGAUUUUAUCUGACUUGCUCAAGUUUAACGAUCCAUUGGUAAGGAUUGAAAGAGUUGGCUAUGUUAUAUGGUUUCUUGACUCUGGCCUUUUACCUCAUGAACCUGUUCGGAUUCUUCUGGGGACUUUUAUGGCUACCAGUUUCUCCUCCGAGUCUUCUUUUGGUUCUUCGAUUCGCCAAGUCCAGAAACGUUAAAGAAUUUCAAGAUUAGGUUGCUUGGAGAUGAAGAUUCAAUCUAAUUCAACACAUGGAUCAUAUAUGGGUUUAGGGUUGAAUCGUUUGUUGGUGAUUUUUUAGGUUUUUCUCUCAGAUGUUGUAAUUACUGCUAUGAAUAAUCUCAAGAUUAGAUAGCUUGUAGAUGAAGGUUCAACUCUGGGUUUUAGGGUUUUUCUUACGGUUGGAGCUUUUGGUGAUGAUUCUUAGUUUUCUCAGGUGUUGUUUGGUUUUGCUUUUGAAAUUCAGAGUUUGUUCCAAAAUACAUUGUAACGAUAGAUUUUACUGCUCUCUCAUGUUGUUAGAGAACCUUUUUUUUACUCUGUUUACAAGUAUAUUAAAUCAACAAAUUGAAGCUCGACCUUCGGACCUUGAACAUAAGCUAUGUACGUUUCUCGUAUCCGAUGUGUAAAAUGUGGUUCUGAGAGGUUGAAACUGAUAACAAUAUGAGUCCAUAA